AUGGGCGGUGGCGACAGCGCCAGGCCCAUGCCCAAGUUGUCAGUGCAGCCGGAGUCGCUGGUGUCACCAGAGCUGGAAGCUGGCUCCUCUGACUCCUCGGGAGUUGACAGCUUGCCGCCACUAGCGCCGGAGCCAGUAAUCCCUGCACCUGGUCCUGCAGCAGCUGACGAGGUACAGGUGCAAACAGAAAUCCCCCCUGCAGGAGCCGACAAGUCGCGGCAGGAGCCCAGUGUAAAGGUCUGGCGUGAAAUAAGCAAAACGGCUCGGAAGUCCACUGGCGGGAAGGCGCCCCGCAAGCAGCUGGCUACCAAAACCGCCCGCAAGAGCGCUCCGGCCACCGGGGGUGUGAAGAAGCCCUACCGCCCGGGCACCCUGGCGCUGAGGGAAAUCCGGCGCUACCAGAAGUCGACGGAGCUGCUGAUCCAUAAGCUGCCUUUCCAGCGGCUGGUGCGCGAGAUCGCGCAGGACUUCAAGACCGACCUGCGCUUCCAGAGGACACCGGCCUGUGAGCCAUCCACGCCAAGAGGGUGA